CUCGCGUUUCGAUAAGUUAGGGGUUGGAAGAAAAAAAAAACACCAACGAACAAGGGAUCCCCCCAUCGCAUCGUUCUUGGCUUUUUAGUUUUCUCCAUUUGCUGGGGAUCUUUUUCCUGUUUGUUGGCCCUUCCAUUGGUUGGGCUCUUUUUAGACUGUUGUUGGUGCAGCUCGACUCGGCCAAAACAAGAACACAAUGGGCUUUGCAGACUUUAUCCCGUCAUCCCGCAUUCCGGAGCUCCUCAACCAGCUGUAUACCUGUGAAACAAGCGACGAGUGCGUCUCUAUUGCUGCUGACCUCGGGGGAGUGAUAAAAUCAAUUGGGCUUUACACUCUGCACACAUGCGGCGUCCUCGACAAUCUCACACAACAAGCGCAAAACAAAAAGUCUGGUCUGGCACGAGAAGGUGCGCUAUUGGGACUGCAUGGUUUGGCACGUGUGUUAGGUCGCGCUGGCGAGCCGUACCUCUUGCCGUUGCUAUCUAUCAUGCUCGACUGCUAUGCGGAUAAGGGACAACCUGUACGAGAGGCCGCGGAAAUGGCCGUUGGAACGCUAAUGUCACUGCCGUCUCCUUACGCAACUCGUAUUGUGUUGCCGAUAUUGUACGAUGCGAUGGGCAGGAAAUGGCAAACGCGAGUUGGCGCUUUGGAAGUACUGGGCAAGCUGGCAAACAGUGCUCCCGAACAAAUUGCGCUUGCUCUCCCCGAAAUUAUCCCUCAAGUGACCGAAUGCCUCCACGACACGAAAACGGAAGUAUCGCAAGCUGCCACAAAGUGCAUGAUGAACGUUUGCAAGGUUGCAAAUAACCCAGAUAUCGCUCCACACCUCCCCAUGUUGGUCAGCUGCAUGGCCAGGCCAACCGAAGUUCCCGAAUGUAUUCAAAAACUGUCUGCAACUACCUUUGUAGCCGAAGUAACUGGCCCUGCAUUGGCCAUCAUGGUGCCUCUUCUCGUUCGUGCGCUGAAUGAGCGUUCUGCGGCGGUGCUACGACCGGCUGCCGUCAUUACUGAUAACCUGUGCAAACUUGUCCGCGACCCUGCGGAGGCUGGCCAGUUCCUGCCUCAGCUGCUACCUGGGCUUGAUAAGAUUAUUGAAACGGCAGCUUUCCCCGAAAUUCGUUCCUUGGCGACGACUGCACGAAACACGUUGGUCAAGGCAGGCGGUGAUGGGACAGAAGGGGAAACGUCAAAAUCGCACAUUCCUUCAGAAGCCGAAAUCUUGAACCGCCUAAAGAACCUACUGGCGGACGUUGCUCAAUUGACCGCCGUGGACGCUUUCACGCAGAUUUCAAUUGAUUACACCACCUCCCUUUUAAGAGAAGUGAUUGUAAGUGACGUAUACGGCGAUGAAGAGUGGAAGGGAGCCUGCGCGCCAUAUCUAUCGUCCUUCAUCGCUCCAGAACAAGCUGAACUAAUCGCAAAGCGGUUGGCGGCACACUAUCGUGAGGUGGAUCAUAUUCGCCGGCAGCAGGAGUCUGGUCUGGAGGCUGAGGAAGGUGAAGAGCUUUGCAGCUGCGAUUUUAGUUUGGCGUACGGUGGUAUGAUGCUUCUCAACCAUACCACCUUGCGGCUGAUGCGGGGACGCCGUUAUGGCUUGUGCGGUCGGAACGGUGCCGGAAAGUCUACCCUUAUGCGCGCUAUCUCGCUGGGCAAAGUUGAAAAUUUCCCCCCGCCUGAGGAAAUCCGUGCUGUCCUGGUGGAACACAGCCUUCAGGGAGAGGACACUAGCUUGCCAGUACUCGACUUUGUUGCAUCAGAUUCUCGCUUGAAGGAUCUCUCUCGUGACGAUAUCAAGAAGGCACUUGUCGAGGUUGGGUUCACAGAUGAUCGAUUGGAUAUCCAGGUUGGAAACCUUUCCGGAGGCUGGAAAAUGAAACUGGAGCUUGCUCGUGCGAUUUUGAUGAACGCCGACCUUUUGUUGUUGGACGAGCCUACAAAUCACUUGGACGUAGGCAACGUCGCUUGGUUGGAGAACUACCUCAACAGCCAAAAGAGACUCACAGUCUUGGUCGUCUCCCACGAUUCUGGAUUUUUGGACAAUGUAUGCACUGACAUCAUCCACUAUGAGCGGAAAAAGUUGGUAUAUUACAAGGGCAACUUGUCAAAGUUUGUGGAGAGAAAACCUGAAGCAAAGUCCUACUACACACUAUCUACCGAAAACCUCAAGUUCACGUUUCCCCCACCUGCUUUCCUUCAAGGCAUCAACAGUAAGACAAAAUCUAUCCUCAAGAUGACGAACGCAACAUACACCUAUCCGGGCGCGCCGAAACCCUCUCUUCAAAAUGUCACAGCUGGCGUCUCCCUUUCAUCUCGUGUAGCCAUCAUCGGGCCCAACGGUGCCGGUAAAUCUACCUUGAUCAAGGUUUUAACUGGUGAGGCGAUUCCCCAGGAAGGUCAAGUCUGGAAACACCCCAACUUGCGUAUUGGAUACGUUGCCCAGCACGCCUUCCACCAUUUGGAUCAACAUCUUGAGAAGACGCCAAAUCAAUACAUCCAAUGGCGAUACCAAACUGGAGAGGAUCGUGAAGUGCUUGAGAAGGAGUCACGUAAACUGACUGAACAGGAUGUAGCGCAGAUGGAGACCUUGGUCGAUGUAAAUGGGUCGAAACGUAAAGUCGAGUACCUGAUUGGUCGAGCAAAGCUGAAAAAGUCGUUCCAGUAUGAAAUAAAGUGGGUCGGAUUUCUUCCCAAGCACAACACUUGGGUUUCACGGGAAAAGCUCUUGGAACUCGGGUUCCAAAAGUUGGUCCAAGCAUUCGAUGAUCGCGAAGCUUCGAGAGAAGGACAGGGAUACCGUGAGCUCAGUCCGACUGUCAUUCGUAAGCACAUUGAAGAUGUUGGGUUGGACGGCGACAUUGCGGACAACAAUCCCAUCAGUGGUCUUUCCGGCGGUCAAAAGGUCAAGGUUGUCAUUGCUGCCGCCAUGUGGAACAAUCCCCAUAUGCUCGUCCUUGACGAGCCAACCAACUACUUGGACCGUGACUCGUUGGGUGGUCUAGCUGUCGCCAUUCGGGAUUGGGGCGGUGCUGUUGUCAUGAUCUCGCACAAUGAAGAGUUUGUGGGUGCACUUUGUCCUGAAAAGUGGCAUGUUGAGGCUGGACAGUUGACCAAGAAGGGUAAAGGGGCUGUCAAUGACGAUGCAUUUGAAGAUAACGAAAAGGAAGAAGCGGCUCGGAAAAAGAUUGAGGAAAAGGUUGCGAGCAAACCAAAGAAGAAGAAGCUUACUCGGAAUGAGCAGAAGGCACGAGAAAUUCGACGCAGAGCAAGACAUAUGAAGUGGUUGGUGGAGGGAGGGGCCAAGGAGCCAGAUACAGAUGAAGAUUAGUUCGUACAUAAUACUCCUUAUUUAUUUGGUAUUAGGUUUAUGCAAUUGGGAAUUUUUUUAUGAGUCGUAUAGCUGUAGAAUAGUUUCAACCAGUGGUUUUUAUGUUUCCACUUUUUGGAAUUUGUCAUUAUUUGACACUUUAGAAUUGCACACGAGAAAUAUAUGUUCACAUAAAAGAUAUUACUACAAUCGAAGUCAAAAAA